AUGUACCAAUUUGGCACACGGAUGGCUCGGACUUUACCCAACUUGGAAUGCCGCAAGUGCAGCGCUAGGAAGGAUCCGUCUGCUGUCGCCCAUCCGAACCACAACUCCCAGCUCAUCGCGUGAGAUUUCAACGUACCACCUAUAUUAUGGUGAAAAUGCCAUUGAUUGGCAGUGAGCAUGGGUUUCCUAGUGUAGUCUUCGAUUUGUUUGUCGCCUAAUAUUUUCCAGCAGUAUGCCCGAGUCGGGAGUUUAUUGACUUUGCAGUGCGACAGUGCGAACUGUUUAAAAGAAGACGAAGGCACGAUCACUGGGACGGUAAAUUUAUUGGCCUUAGCUUUCGAACUCGAACAUGAGUUCAUCAUCAGAGACUGCUAGGGUGCAGCAACGUGGGAACAUUUAUAUCGUUGUGCCGUUGGGGGGGGGGACUACGCCCGUGGCUAGGUCUGGUUUGUGCUGCAUGGCCCACAAUGGUCCCUCGGCGUGGUUACGGCGUUUGUUCUUCGCGGCGACGUGAGCUGCGUCACCUGGUGGCGUGGGCGGAAGCGUGAUAACACGCAGGCAAAUCAGUGCGUCUAUUGAUAGAGUUGGUUUCCCACACCCACGCCUCUAACAGUUCUCGCUCCGUCUUUCAGCUGGCUCGCGCCAAUAUCCGCGUGUUGGCGAAGUCGGACUCCUGGCCUUCCCCCAGCGUGUGAGUGACGACUUGAGAUAGUGAGUCGCCUCUCCGAACGGCCUGUUUGUGCUGAAGUAUUUGUCAGCUGAGACGUCGUUCUGUUUAGCCUGUGUAGUGGCAAGAUCAGUUAUGGCACGGAAGUUGAUAGACUACGCCCGACUGCUCGCCUGCGUCCAGCCGAUGCUUCAUUUUCAUGAUUCUGCUUCGCAUGGUGGCGGCCGGGUGAUGAGCGAUGCCCACGCCUAACUCUGACGCAGUGCGUUCUGUAGCCUCGGACACAUUCUUUAUGUACGGUAGGGACUGCCAAAUUGUUGGUGUCUGUCUUCCGUUUGUCCGUCGUGGGUGCGUGCGUAUGCAGCGGCUGACGAAACUAUUUGGGUAGCCGUUCUCUGUUUAUUGCUCCUGGAGAUGCCGUAAUUUUUGCAUCCUUCCUUCGGGUUUGCUACAAUGCGUUUUUACCAGGUCGAAAAGCGCUCUCGCACAGCCCCGUUUGAGCACCAAUAGGUUUUUGCUAUGAUAGUUGAGGGCUUGGGUUGUAUUGGUCGCCUUUUUGUACACUGUAAUGCUGAGCUCACCGUCAGGUGUGCGCGUGACGAGCACGUCCUGGAAGGGUAGUUUCUCGUCUUCUCUUGUAAGCUGAAUGUCGGAGAAGAUGCUGUUGAGCAAGUCUUGAAAACCCGAUUGCCUGUCCUUUUCAAUAAAUGUUCACAGGUUGGUGCACUCUAGCAAUCUCUGAUGAUAAAUUCCAUUUCGAGUUCGAAAGUUAGGGCCAAUAAAUCUACGGUCCUAGUGAACCUGCCUUCGUCUUCUUUUGAACAAGAACCUGGGCUGCGCAUAUUCCCCUUCAUUAGUGUGAACGGUCUUUAUCUCACUUGAACAGAAAUUAAGCUGGACGAAUCAAUUUGCGCCAAGAAGUUCUCUUCGUAGUACUUUAAUUUUUUAUACGUAAUUGCAUUUCUCAAGAUAGCAACUGCAUUCAAUAUCAAAUUUUUGCAUUUGCUUUAUUGAUGUGCCCUUUGUAAACUUCUAUGCCCACCCUUAAUCCAUUUAAAGAUGUGGAAUUUUAAGGGCGAGGUUAACCUGUCUAUUUCUGUUUUCUUUAGAAAGCAUUUUUUGAAUUCUUAGAUGGAAUUUUCCUUUGAUUAUUACCCUAGUCUAUAUUUAUUCUCGAGAAUGUAGCCUGAGGAGCACUAUGCCCUUAUGAAAGUCAGGACCCCUAGUGACAUGCUAAUAACUUACCUGUCAGUUUUGCUGAAGUCCUUUCACUGAUGUCUGGCCUAGAAACAACCAUCGGCUGGCAAAAAAUAUUUGGACAGAGUCCCAUCCAUCAAGCAGGCUGUCCAGGAUUGAUGGCUUCUUGGAGGGCUGAAUGUUGAAAAAAGAAGGCGCGAAAAACUUUCGAAAGAAACGGGAAAUAGUCAAUUUAAAUAGGCUUGGGGUAAGAUAUUAUACGCACAGCCACUUAUGGAAUUGACUACUUUUUUCAAUGUUGUUUUGAAAUAUUAUGUACAUGCGUAAGGACAGCAAAUAAGCCAGAAAUCGCAAUUCCUGUGUUUCUGUCUCUGUCGACAACUACCCUUCAAUAAACAGUGCGUGGCCUAUCUCAUGAAAUGUUGGCUGAAAUUCUGAAAUGCGUUUUCGAUUAGGAAGGAUUACUUGGUCGCGGUUGAAAUACUGACCAUCUUGCGGCAUACUCUUAUAACAUUUCGGACUCGGCAGGAUGACGGUCUUCAAUGCACUUCUUUACAAUCUCCUGUAGAAAGUGUACUCGGUAAAAAAUGACAACUUAAUUAGCAUGCAUUUUUCCUAUUGAUUUUCGAUGGUCUUGCAAAUUCAAAGAUAUUUUAUAGAACCCAUAAAUAAAAAUAUGCAUUCUUUUAGUCAAUCAAUAGAGAAUCACCUCUUCUUGAUAUAUUAUACUUAAGAAAGGAGUAUAAUUAGGUUUUAAAAAAGUUUUCUAUUUGCCGAAAAAUUUGGAGCCUGAUCAUUCGUCGCAUUAGCGCUUAGUGAUUACACUCUACAAGGUGCAUGCGUUCCGCGUAAAGAAAAUUCCAUAUUUUUCCAUGUCAUUAAAGAGAUAUUAUACAGGGUCCAUAAAAUUUUGUAAUGGAUGCGGACCAUGUUGUACAUUUCAUCAGGAGCAGUGGUAAACGGCUAAGUACGAUGCUAUGUGAAUGGGCAUAUCGCGGUUUUAAAAAGUCUCAUAAUUGAAACUUUUUUAAAACCUAAUUAUGCUCCUUUCGUAAGUAUAAAUUAUAAAUAAGACGUGAUUUUCUAUUGAUUGACUAAAAGAAUGCAUAUUUUUGUGUGUGGUUUCUAUAAUAUAUAUUUGAAUUUCCAAGACCAUCGAAAAUCAAUGGCAAAAAUGCGUGCAACUUAUGUAAUCAUUUUUUACCGAGCACACAUUCUACAGGAGAUUGAAAAGAAGUCGUUUUAAAAGCCGACAUCCUGCCGAGUCUAAAAUGUUAUAAGAGUAUGCUUUAUGAUAAUCAGUAUCACAACCGCGACCAAGUAAUCCUUCCAAAUUGGAAACGCAUUUCAGAAUUUCAACCAACAUUUCAUGAGAUAGGUCACGUACUGUAUGUGCAUACAUAUGUUGAAUAACUGAGGCAGUGUGCAUUACAAAAUGUAAUGAUGGAGGGAGAAGGUUAGGGAAAAAAUAUCGGGUUUUUCAUAUUGAUUUAUCUAACGUCGUCCCGCGAACAAAGGCUAAUUGCUAAUCCGGUCUUCCUCGUCUUUGUCGGUGUCACUUUAUCUACCUAUAAGACAAGUCGCUGUGCGACUGCCCAGAAUGGUUCCAGUUUUAGAACCACGGCCAAAUAAAAAUUACACGUUCCGUAACCUGAUUAAUAAAUUUAUCGCAAAUUUUCGACUUUGGUCCCCUAAGUUGUCCUCGGCCGUGAAGUAAGUGUGCAAAACAGUUAACAGUUAAACAUACCUAAUAAUCGAUUUUACCCUGUAACUCCUGCUGGCGUAACGUUCUCAUUAGCCAAUGCCUUUUCCACCCUUCCUUGAGAUUGUUAUACACAGCAUUCGCUACCCUUUUUAUAUGAGCAGAUACCUGCGAUGCGAGUCCUGUGCCAUGCGAAUUCGUGUCAAGUUUCCAGCGUAUGCAUGGCAGCUUGGGACAAGUGGUCACGCCUUUUUACGGCCAACUGAUGUUCGUGUAUUCGUGUAGAGGCCGAUUUCCCAGUUUGACCGUAGUAAAUCGUAUUAGAGGUGUUGCAUGAUAUCUCAUAGACGACUCCCCUUUUCUUAAAAUAGCCAACCCUAUCCUUAGGGUGUACAAGCUGGUUACGAGGUGUAGUCGUCGGCCUGCGUGCCAAAUGUAUUUGGUGCCUCUUAAGAUGUCUUUCAACUAGUUCGGACACAUUCUUAAUUUUCGGAAGUGUUCGCCAAAUUUUCGGUUUGGGCGCCUGAUCGAAACAAUCUUGUAUGUUGUCUUUUUCCUUUUUUUAUUUCCUAUCGUCUCAUGAAUCGGUGUACAAAAUAUUUAAGAUACCCAUUCUGGAAAACAGUUUGAACAGGUAAUCCAGUUCUGUUUGAUAGGUUUCGUUAUCAAAGCAGUGAGUUCUUGCUAAAUUUAGGCUAUUCACGGCACUCCGUUUGUGAGAGAUCAGGUGAUUGUUCUCCCGUUGUAAAAGAAUUUUGGCGUAUGUUUCUUUGCGGUAAACCGAAUUUUGAAAUGUCCUAUCAGGCUUUCUCUGUACGAGAACAUCAAGAAACGGGAGUUUGUUGUCAGCCUCUUUCUCGAGCGCGAAUCUGAUUCCUGGAAGUAUUGAGUUAAUAAUGCUGUGAAGUAUUUCCAGUUGAAUACUUUUAACAAUGAAAAACGUGUCAUCAACAUAACGUACGCAUUUUCGUGGUUCAAUAAUGGCAAGGCGAUAGCCUCUAAUUCCUUCAUGGUGACUUUUGCAAGAAAACCAGAGAUGGGUGAUCCCAUAGGGGUUCCCUUCAACUGUGGGGUAGUACUUCUGUGCAAAUGAAAAGUUCGUUUCCAAACAAAGAUUUAAGAGUUCUAACGAAGCAGGUGUAGGAAUAUCCAUGUCGUCAUACUGGAGACGUUACUCUGUACAUUGUCUUGUUAAAUUGAAUGGUAUGGAGGUGAACAGAGAAGGAUACCAUUAUUUCAUUUGCUGCGAUUCUCAGUCCUUGUAAUUCGUCCAGAAACUCUAUUGAAUUAUUGACUGAUGUUUCGCAAUCCUUUGUCAACGGAUACAGUUUGUGAAAUAAUCAUUUAUAAAUCUUUUAAUUAGAUGCUCCGAUUAACUAUACUAUCGGUCGUAGUAGUACCUCAGGUUUGUGACCCUUAUUUAGUCAAUAGAUCUAAGCAUUGUUUGGUUCAGUUUGUCGUAAGGAUUUGACAAUAUCUCCUGUUAUUUGCUACAUUCCUCUAAAAAAAUAAUGGUCUAGGAGUAAAAAAUUCUUUACAAAAAUGACGGUAGACUUGACAUCAUCUGCCCUUAUCCGCUCCGGACAUUGUUCGUGCCUAGACUCGAGUAGCGUGAAGAAAAAUUUCGAAAGCGAAAUUUCGCAACAAACCUUGCCUAAAGCAGUCAGACGCAUUCAUGUUUUGGCCAAGACGAGAAAGCAGCUUCAAUUGUUAACAGAAACGGAAGACCGUUGAUAAGUGCGCCGUUGCAUAAUUAAAACCAAAAAUGGAGUUGAGAAAGAUUAGCUUACUGAGAACGAGAUGCUUCUUCCCUUCAAUGUAAUAAUCUUUUGCGUCCCUAUUAGUAGCAGUUUUGCCUGCACUGAAUUAAUUAUAUCAGACUAGGAAUUUCGUUUACUGGCGGGCAAACGACGGUUCAAACUGCCUGUCCAAGUGCCUAGUUUAUGACCAAAACAGAAGGGUCAUUUUGGAGAGCAGGCGAAGAGAAAAGAACAGGGAACCGGGACGCGCAGACAUGCAUUCAGGUAUUUGAGCUUUGACCACGGUAGACGCGGAGCUUGCAAGAGGCUCUUUUACGCGCGCAGGAAUGGCCUCCAUAUCCUGAUGGCAGUCGCUUCUGCUGUUGCUAGUAAGUGCUGACCCAGCCGCUUGGGGUAGUUAGAUGGCUCCUUGUCAAUCGAUGUCCACACGAUGCCCAGAAUCAACCGUGUGUGCAAGGAUGGAGCUGUGUAUACUUUUAACAUCACCCUUCCUCAGCCAUGCCGGCAAGCGUUCUCGUACUCUUGUAGAUAGGCGUCGACCCAUACGACCUAGGAUUUAACGCAACCCCCCCCCCCCACGUAAAAUUAAGGCGUACAUGGUUCCUACUCACUUCCAUUUAGGAUACUCGUCUGCAUUCGGCCUAUCGGUCUCAAACAGAAUAUCUGUAAUAGUCCCUUUGCCACAUUCCUUUUUUUAACCCGGAAAAUAAAACGUUUAAAGGAACGGUCAUCUUAGUUAAUUAGUUAUUGCAGUUUAUAUCAUAAAGUCGUAGAAAAAGUCCUAGUACCUCCGUAUGUUAACAUCAUUGGGUUUUACUUAGACUGGUAUGAACAAUACUUAAUCAUAAUGACGUACGGACAAAGUUCAGCUCUUGAGCGAUUCAAUGGGAAGGACAGAGUUGUGGAAUGUGCGCUUUAAGAUGAUUUGAAAUUAUUAAUGAAGUUGGUUCUGUUUGCUACCGCUCCCGCAGACAUUAUAAGCGGUCAUUAAAGGGAACACGGAAGUGGCGUUGUGAGUUGUCGUGUUACAGGCGGUAAGUUCAUAGCGAGGAAAUCUGUUAAGCACCUUUUGAAGGUUGCCAGUGACCUGCACACACACCACUUGUCGAUUUCACAAAAAAAUUUCUCAACUCAAACGAAAGCAGAUUGAAUUAAGUCAUCGCGUUCUCAAGCUUCUGUCUAAGCAGACGGUGGUACGACGUGCCGGUUUUGCCAUAAGUGCGGAUGAGGAGGCCCUCCGUAACGCUUUGGAGCAUAUCUGGACUGAGCUCACUUCCCCUCGCGGACUGCGGGCUCGCAUCCAACAACUCCUGCCAACCCUGCGCUCCAGUAAUGCACUGGACUCCAAACUUCCGACUUGCACCUCUACCUCAGCUGUAGAUGCUGGGGACAAGAAAUCCGUGUCUGACGUGUCCUCGUUAAUGACAGCGGCCUGGUGGCAGCAGCCAGAGAUCGUGGAGGACCUCAAAGAGGUGGGUCCUUUGUUUUUUCUCUAGUCACCAGAAUCACUAUCCCUCAUAUGCUGGGAUUGGACUCGAGCGGCUGAUGCAAUGAGCCUGCGCCAGUGCGUGCCCCCUCCACCCCACGUGUACCACUUGUCAUGGGAUACGCGUAACCUGCCCUAACCUCUUCCCCGUGUUGGCCUAACGCAUUUACCGCGUUGCCCGUUGUGGGGGCACAACAGCCCGCCCAAGGGUUUCACGCGACCUUGUUCCCAUAGCGUAUACCAGGCCUAUCUCACAUGCGUGGGAGCGCCAUAAGCGAGUCAUUAAGCCUGACUCUCAGCCCUCCUGUUAGUGACUCCACUCACAUACGCAGUCUUGACCACAGAAACCGAGUUAUCCGGCCAGUUAGCACCCUUCUAAGCCACGACUUCUAGCACUUCCUGGUAGAUCCAAGCGCGCCAGACUUAUUAUGGUGAGAACAAAAUUACACACGUGGCAUAUCACAAAAUGUCGUGAAUUUCGCUGGAAAGAUCCUGCAACGCAAAAUUCGUCCAUACCACGUCCCCCAAAGUUUUACAGCAAUAAAGAAACGACUGUCCUUCAAAAGAAGGCAGUUGAGUUUAUAAGUUAUCCACUAACUUAAAAAUAAAUCCUUUUUACAGAAAAUCAGUAUUUUAGAGAAGGGCUAUAUUACAUGUCGCUUUAUUAAGGCUAAGUGGGGUGGGUUCACGUAAUGGUCGUGGUGGUCGCUCACUUGCUUGCAGGUGAGACUGCGCCUAGCGUCCACUUGCUGGCACUCAACUCUCACCUGUGGCUCCACGUAGCUGGGCUCUGCUCAGCGGCCACACCCCGGGCAACCGUCUCGACCGGCGGGCUAAACCAGGUGAGGGGGCCCUGUGCGCUGUGCCGUGUGCACAGGGUUUGCGGAUUCCGCUGGAUGGAAGGUCGGAUGGAACCUUGCGUCGGCACCGUCGUGACGUGGUUCGUCUCUGCACGUCGCUCGACAGCCGGUGACGGGAUGGAUCUCCACAUCGACACCGCCUUGACGCGCCCACCUUCGCCGACGGAAACCGCGGCUUACGGCGAAUUCGAGUCGCUCUCCACUACAACCCGAAGUCGUGGUCCCAUAGUGGAGUUCGGCCGUGCCACACCGGCACAUGGCAGCCCUAUUCAGGGAUGGCACUGCCAGCCCCCACGAGGGGAAGGGCCUAGAAAAGGUGGCCUAAACAUUGCUGGGUACCACGCCGUCUCCAGGCUAGCCAGGGCCGCAGACGUCUAAACAUGGUCGAAACAAUGAAAAUCGAAAAAACAACAAUACCAAUAACAACAACAACAACAACCAUACUCAUUCUCCUCAUCCUACCUCUUCUUCCUCUACCUCCGUCUAUUCUUCUGCCUAUUCUUCUCCUUCGUCAUCUUCUCCAUCUCCUUCCCGUCGCCCCACUCGUUGUCACCAGACUGGCAGGGUGAGCGCGCUCACUCUGGCAGCCUGGAAUGUUCGUUCCCUUUUAGACAAUCCGAGGAGCAACCGACCGGAGCGGAGGACGGCGCUAGUGGCACGAGAACUGGCGCGCUACAAGGUGGACAUCGCCGCACUCAGCGAGACCCGUUUCUCCGAACAAGGCCAACUGGAGGAGGUAGGUGCCGGCUACACCUUCUUCUGGAGCGGUCGACCCAGGGCAGAGCGACGAGACGCGGGCGUCGCCUUCGCCAUUCGGAACGACAUCGUGGGACGACUGCCCUGUUUGCCGCAGGGCAUCAACGAUCGCCUGAUGAGCCUCCGCCUGCCUCUCUGGGGAGGCAAAUUCGCCACCAUCAUCAGCGCCUACGCUCCGACGAUGACCAACCCCGACGCCGUCAGAGACAAAUUCUACGAGGACCUGCACGCCCUCUUGGCGACUGUGUCGAAGGCGGACAAGNGGAGGAGAGAGUGUAGGUAGAUGCUACGCAAGUCUACCGGCACUAUAAACCCCUGCGUAAGUCACCGUCCCUGCUCCCAUUGCUGCUGCAACUGUGGGGCACACGGUGGACAUCAUCGAAACCGAUGGUCGAACUGUCAAGUUCAUAGCGAGGCUGUAUACACUUCACUCAAUCCCGAGUCAGUAUUGAUCAUUUUUGCAUGAUACAGGGCUCCCCAAACUGCCGCCGAGCACCACCUUCGGAUUUCCCCUUUGACUCGGAGCCCCCAAACAUACCCCGUCUUCUGUGUAGAUGGGCGGCAGGGAAACUUAGAGCUCCACUGGAUGAUGAAAACACUUACAUACAAAUGAAGAAGCAUAAACUCGUGGAACGCAGGAUAUUGUUCAAGCAUCUGGAGGUACAGGGCUCAGUGCUUAAUUAAUAAGUAGUAAUCAUGCUUCAAGACUCAUCAAACUCUGACUGAAACCUUCUCAUAUGCGCUCGCCUAGAAAACUUUACUUAAUUCCAAUUAGAGAAAUGACUGGCACUUGAUGCAAUCUCAUGUGAAUUUGCAGAAAUUAACAUGUCACUGAUCUACUGGUGAAUACUGCUGUUUUCACUUUUCACACUUGUACACGUCUUUCUUACAUCCAAGAAUUGAUUCGUACAAAUGUCCUCUACUGUACAUGUGUCGUGGAGAUUAGCGUCUUUCUCAAGUUUUGCGCCUUAAGAAUGCGGGUAAUUUUUCCGUAAAGUUUGAAUUGUCUGCAUAAGUAUGCGAGCAGUAAAUAUCUAUUAGUCGGCUGAAGCUUGUCACAGCGUGAUCCAUAGAUAUUUCUGAACAUUAGAAAUCACUUUAAUACUAACUCCGGCUUGCUAUUGGCGGCAACGAACGUUGCGCCAUGGGACACAAACAAAAUAUAAUAUGUAGACAGGUCAUUGGAAGUGCAAGGGGCCUGUUGCAAACGGCUGUUUCACGGCCGUUAGCAAUCGUCAGUACGCCAUGGGACUUGUGAAGUGAGGUGCACACAUGCAUAUACAUUACGUGAUCUUACUCGCAGAACCUGAUUACAAAACAUAUAAAAGAAUUUUCGGACAUCUAAGGAUUUAUGCAUUUUGCGCGUUCGUCGAGCCUCUUCAAAUAGAUGUCCUUUUCCUCAGCGGAAAUUGGAUCCACGUUAUUUUAUCAGGCAAUAUUUCCAUAAAUUUGAGCAAAAAUGGACGUUGUGAUAUAUUUGGGCAACGUUUUCAUACCAAUAUAUGUCUUAGACUUCGGUUACACAUUUGAAUGUGUUUCCUUCGAGAGGAGUGUAAUUGAUUCUCGAGCGGUUUACCAAACAGAUCUCGCCGCACCUGAAAAUUGAUCUUCUGACCUUAAAAAUCAGUUUGGAAACGGAGGUUUUCUUUAGAGAACCGGACGUUUUAUUAUUCUUCAGGAGUCUGAUUAGCAGAGCUGUGCGAUUUGGGAGCCCAAAAGAGUGGUAAGAGCGCACACAAGCAAUCCUUCGUUUAAAUGAGUCUAAAACGUACUACCAUUUUCGAAAUUUCUAUGUUUUGUCAUCAAAGUGACCAAUACUGAAUAGUCAUUUUCAGUUUUGAACAUACGAAACAUUACUUUCCGUGCGGUUUGGCUUUUGCGCAUACGUAACUUAAAAAUAAAAUGAGUAAGACCUUGACAGAUUUAGCAAACUUUCAGCGAUUAUAUGGCCACUCUGAAAUGCAUUCAUAAAGAUAGAACGCAGUCCGCAUGUGAGUAAAGAUGCCGAAAAUCGAAGCAAUAUGAAGAGACAAGCAUGUUUUCAGGUUUACGGUAGAAAAAAUAACAGUAUUGUUUAAGAAAGUGAAAGAAACGGAGUUUGUGCUUCACCUAAUGAAAAUGUAAAAUACACAGACAUCCGCCAACGCAAUGCAGUAUCAAAGCACUCCUAAACACGGCGACCUAUUGGAGAAGGAUAUUUGUUGCUAAUCUUUGUUGUGGAUGUUAAUUUUUUCGAUGAUGAGGUUUCCUGUUUGGAUACGUCUUCAAAUAUAACCCACAUGACCUUUUACAUGAAAACGAACGCCCAAGCGGUCACUACUUGGGUAAAUGCUCUUAAUAUAGAAACUGUCUCUACGGGCAGUCGUAUGAAAACACUGAAAAUCGCGAUAUUUUAGGGCCGAUCCGCAAGUCAGUGCUAUCCAGAACAAACGAAAAGCACAAAGCAAUUUUGCGGAGGAAAUCUCCUCUUUGUAAAAACUGGUAUGUUUACGAUUACAUCUGUCAAUUCUAUUUUAAGUUAUUAUUCGCCUAUCGGCCUGACAGCAUGAUACUUUAUUAAGACUUUCGUUUCUGUAACGUCCUAGCGGCGAGCAAAAGCCUUUUUACCUUACUGAACUGCAUCUCAGUCAAUUCAAAAGCGUAGAGAAUUCGACGAAUCCUCGGUAAACCGUUUUGUAAUUUUUACUCGUAAUGUAGGCUGUUGGCAAACCGCCAUACCUGAAAUUCCACUAAUUUCUUAAGGAAAUUUAAAUGCAACCUUCACUAUAUGGCUAUUUAUAGCGGUUACUAUAUCUGUGCUUUCAUAUUUCCGCAAUUAAUUGCAUAGACAGACAUUCUGCACAUCUAAAGUGAAUUUUACUUAAUGAAAACUAUUUCUGAAGUUUUCGGGAUAUUGAGCUUUUCUAAAAAAACUGGCAUUCCUAAACAACGCGACAUUGCCUUUAAUAUUUCUUUUAUGUUUUUAAUUCUUUUAAAGUCGUUCGCCAUUAAGACGGAUAACGGGUCCAAACAGUGGUGCCAGUUUGCGGAUAAUUGACAAUCAUUUGUGGAUCUCGACGCCUUUCAUCAUUUAGAUCCCCAACAGUACACUGGCGUCGCGCUGGGGCCUUAAAGCCUCAACGCCUGACACACUUGGUUGAAACGACAACUUGGUGCAACUACUUGCUGAUCUGACUAUACGCUCACUAGCCUCAGUACAUGUUGAGUUAGCACGACAUACCAUACGUGACAACAUAGGUACUAGUCAUUAUCCUUGCUGUCAAAUGUGGCAUGCACUACUGGCUGCAUGUUAGUAGUUUAUGGCUAUUGCGCGGUUAUUCCGCAGUGGCUGGUGGACCUGAGCCCACAUUUUCACAUCAAGAUUCAGUCUGAGCCUAUCAGUCUCAAACGCAUUAACUUUCUUCAAGUUAGCGACUACGUUUAGAUGAGAUUAAAAAGCUACAGCCUUUGUAUAGCUUUCUCAAACUAACCUGGCUUCCAUGACUAACGAUUAGAGGCCGAAAUCCUCGCGAAGGGUGCCACCAUCGUGAGCCGAAAGCUGCUCAAGUCAUGGCUCUCAGGCCCGCAGUCCAUCGACAAGCUCGAUGACCUCCCGUUACGGCAUUCAUUGCUGAGAUUUUCCCUGGGUGAAGGAUCGGCCACGUGGGGGGGGGGAAGGCGGGCGAGCAAUAAUCUCAGUGACAGUGAGCCAAUUUGCCGAGCAAUUUUCACGCCUGCAUCCAAAACGGAUGAUGAAAUCGCGGCCAUUAAUGACUCGGACGCGGACUGACAUGCCAUCAUCGCAUCAAUUACGACCCCAGCGGCGAUUGUGAGAGCUGUUAAUUACACUGAGCAUAAGGUCCCACGGCAGCUACGUGCUAUAAAUACUGCACUUCCUGUGCCACCAUUACCCAUAUCUGCGAUUGUUUCUGACGAUGGGUUCGAGUGAGAAUCCGAAACGUCAGACAAAUAAAUUCCUUGUUCCAAUGGUUGCAUCUUCGUCUUCUAAACUGCUUCCUGGAACUCGCUUGUUUGCUUAUAUUUGGGAACUUUAAUCUUCUUGACCAUCGAAACUUAUUGAGAAAGAACCAGCUCCUGACUGGCACGCGCAUGCGGGCUGUUAAGCAUUGACAGCCAACGGACCAAAGUUGUUUUGGUUUUGGACAAGUGCGGCAGAUGGGCAGCAGCUGAUGUCGCCGAUGCCGACUGUUUAACUUUAAAAGUGCAACGAAUCGAUAAUUUAGCUACCCGAAUAUCGUACAGGUCCUACAAUAAUUUUUUUCUGAGUUAUCAAACAACAUACAGCACCAUUACAGAUCCACCGAUUACUAACAGACCAUGUUUUGAUUUCCUUUUAAGAUACCUCAAAAUUUAUGGAAAAUGGUCGCGAUUAUUGGCUUGAGAUCUGGGACGUCGUCAGAAAUAAAAAAAUAGCCCCCCUGUAACUGUCGCUUAUUUUUUGUUAUCAUUAUCUCCGACGAGAGACUUCUGUGCAAGUUCGAAGGCUCGAAACAAUAAACAAACUCAGAAGACGAGGUGGCAAGCAUGCGUAGCUUUCGAUUAAUUGUCUUCGGGCCCGUACAGUUAUACGGGAACGGAGAUGAAGUAAAACAUGUCAGUAAUAAGACAAAUCGAUUAAAGUUCGUCUAAGGACACAGGCGGGGAUGUGGGAAUGUGGGGGAUUGAUGGGGGUGGGGGGGGGUAAUAGUAAUCAGCGUCAGGGACGGGGUGAACGGAAGGGCGCGAACAAAUGCAGCGUUAGUCCAUCUUCGACCACUGCAUGCCCGGAGCCCGAAUGUGGUUUUUCUGUGCGCAUAAGAUGGGCUUUCGUAAUCUGAUGGCGAACGCUUCUGCUGUUGCUAACAGGCGCUGGCACAGAAGCUUAGGAUAGCUCGACGGGACCUUAUAUAUCAUACGAAAGGCUUCCUUGGGGGCCACACGAUGUCCGGAAUCGACAACAUGCGCGAGAAUGGCGCUGUUUAUGCUCCUCGUUUUAAGGUGAACGUUUUCACCGAUUUCUUAUAUCGCUAAAAUAUUUUUAGUUCUACCCCGUUCCCUUAUUCUCGCCACCUUAUCUUCUGGUUUUCUAUAUGGUUGAGUUCUGAAAUGUGACCUAGACGACCAUCUUCAUGAAAUUGAACGUCCAAAUCCCAGACUUCCUCAAUAUGCUCCGAUUCAGUUUUAUUAUGGACAUCAUGUAGACUCAAAAGAAGCGUUUCUUGUGAUCUAUAGGGUCCCAACAAGGUAUCCUAAACUACUGGGCCAGUGCCUGUUAGGAACAACAGAGGCGGCCGCCAUCAGGUUAGGAAGGCCCACCUUAUGCGCACAGAAAAACCACGUUCAGGCUCCGCGCCUACGGUGGUCGAAGGUCGACUAACGCUGCAACUCUCUGCACCCUUCCCCCACUCAUCUCGCCCCUGACACUGACUACUAUUACCCCCCCCCAUCCCCAUCCCUCCCCCACAUUCCCAUAUUCCCGCCUGUGUUUUAAGGCGAACUUUAAUCGAUUUAUCUUAUUACUGACAUGUACGGUUCCGACGAUAAUUUAUUGGAAGCUAGGUACGCCCUCCACCUCGUCUUCUGAUUACUGCUAUGGGAAUUAACAAACUGUUUCGGUGUUCGACCAGUCUUCUUCGUUACUUAAUUUUAAAUGUCCCUAAUGAUGGGGGUUGAAGCGUGAAUUCAAAACGUCAGGCGAAUAAAACUCUCGUUCCAGCGAUUGCUGCUACUUUUCGGCAAUAAACAACUGUUUCGCUGCCCGACCCGUCUUCUGUGGUUGGAACUCGAGCUCUCGCGUCCGCGUUUUGUGCGAAAAGCACAAGUGACAAGAAUUAUAUUAAGGAUGGCCUUACUUUAAUCAGUUCGCUUCAACCGGCAUAAGAAACACCUAAAUACGAAUGUUGCCGUGUUAUUUUUUGGGAAACAAAUGUGUCAAAACGAGUAAAUGACCCAAGGCAGUGUCAACUAUCUUUAGGCACCACAUGAAAGUUUGUAAAGACGAUAGUGUUGUCGACAUUUAAUUAACUUGUCUGCAGUUGAAGGAUCAGAAAGGGCUAAUAUCGAUCGGUGCCACUCUCUCUCUGGCGCGGUUACGAUAGUUCGAAGAUGAAUGUGACUGCAUAAUCAGAUCGCAGGCCGUUGUUUCUGGAUGUGUGAAUCGCCUAUGGUGUACUGUCGGUUCGAAUAUGUCUAGACCGAUUGUCGCAAGUGCGGUGUGUCAUUUGAUUCAAGGCGGAGUGGAUGAUACACCUUUGGCACAACUGAUGCAAGCGAGAUAAAAUGUGAUUUGUUUGGCGGAUUUUAGGACUUCGUUUGCUGCAGCACGGUGUUAUUGGAAACAUCAACCCACCGCAUGUUGUUUCGUAUAUUAUUCUCUUUCUGAUAAUAUUUCAGAAUGUUGUCAUUAGUGCCAUGGAUCAAAAAAUUCUAUUCAAAUAGCCAAGUUCCAGAUCUUUGGAGCAGGGAGCUGAGGAAGACUUGAAUACGCUGCGGGAUGGAUAAAAGAACCAUUUGUCUUCUGAUUCUCCUAAUUUUGACAAACUGUGACAUGUACAAAUCGAAAUUCUGAAACAUGCUUUUGACUAGAAAUAAGUACUUAGACGGGGCUGUAAUAUUGACUAUCGUCCCAAAAUAUUUCAUUCAAGACUGAAUGUCGGCUUCCAUAUGAUCUUCAGGACAGCCAUCUGCAGAACUACUCUCGAUAAAAGUGGCUACUUAAGUAAUGUGAAUUUUUUAAAAGUAUCUUGUGAAAAACAUGCACAAAAUUAGUUUUACUAUAGUCGCUUGUUAAAAAAAUAUGUUUUUAUAUUUUUGGCCUACAGAAGAGGUAUCUUCCGGUCUUAAGAAAUUUUUUUAAUUCCCAAUAAUUAGCAAUCUACCCUGGAGUCACAUUCGCGCAAAGGGUUUCCAAACUGCAUGCUGCACACAUUUUUUGUAAGAAAAUCACACAUUUCUCUAGGUUAUUUAGAAAAUGCUAUCUAAAUCUCGGACAAUUUUGCAAUGGAUAUGGAAAAUAUUGUGUAGUUCCUCGGUAAAACUAAUAAUAAAACAGGUACAAUGCUAUGUGAGUGGCCACCUCGCAAUCUUGGCAGGCCUCAUAAUUCCUAACUUUUUUAAACUUAAAAUUCCUUUUUUUCGCAAGCACAACGCUUUAAAAAGACGCAAUUUACUACCAAAUGCUAACAAAAACGAGUACUAUUAUGCAUGUUUUCCAUAACAAAAGGGAAAUCCAAAAUCCAACUCGUCUCCAGGAGCACCGGCUGCAAAGGGUUAGACACCUAAGACGAAGCAAGACGAAAAUUCCAUCCAGCGCGCAUGCAGAAGGAGUAUAUAGCGGGUGAGAAAUAUGCCUCCCUAAAUAUGUGGACAGAUGCAAGGACAACUUAGAAAGGAGCCACCCAUAUGUCUGGUUAAAAUUGUGUCGACAGGAGUUGCAAAAAACGGACCUCUUCAUCAUUGAUCAUUUUCAAUGCGGUUACACAGGAGAAACCAGAUCAUAAAAUCUAAUUUACAUAUGCGAACGUGAAAGAACAAAUCUUAUUCGGCCAUACGGCCGUUCGACUAGUAGGUAGAGACGGCAACCCAUGGCGCUUAGUCCGGACGUCUCAUCAGCUUGUCGAAGUUUCGAGUGAAAGCAGGGGCAAGAAAGCGGACUGUCAACCGAUUGUUCAAUUAUUCCCUUUCCAUCACCACCAGCACCACCACCACCAUGCACAAAAACCUACAUGCCUUCCGCCCAUCUUCUCGAGAGGCAGUUAAGGUGUGACACCUUCGAAGCCACAAAUUAUAGUCACGAUUAAAUGGUGAGUUUUGGUAGAACUCACGUCUCACAAGGUACAGUAGUUGCGCUAACUCGCGAUAUGUCAACCGAAACUACGAAAACCGUUUUUGUUUUGAAAGAAUAAUUAAGUAGGGUUGUAAAACUUAUCAGCCUACAGAAUCAUUCUAUAAUACUGCAGUUACCGCUGAAUGCCGGCCUACGAAUGCACUUCCUUUCAGUUGAAUGAAAAACUACACUCUGUUAAAAAUUAAUACUUAAGCAUCAUGAUUUUUUUUUCAUUUAUUUUUGUUGCCCCAAAUGUUCAAUUAUAUUUCACUGAAAACAUGCAUAACACUAUUCGUUAUUUCGCUCAUGCGGUAGGUAAUUACGUCUUCUUCCAAUCUUAUACUCGAAGAAAUAGUAUUAUUCCGUUUUCAGAAACUUUUUCAAUUACCGAAUACUUUUGAACCCGCUCUGUAUUCAGGGUUUCAAAACUACGUGCAGUAUAAUUUCCACAUACGGAAAACCAUACAUUUCUUUACAGAAGAAAGAGAAGACCAUAUAAGGGUUCAUAAAAUUAAGCAAUAGAUUUGAUCCAUAUUGUUAAAUUUACGAGCUACAUUGGUAAAUGCAGAGGCAUGGCGAUUUAUGAAGGGUCAUUUCAAGAUACUUAAAAGUCCCAAAAUUAAAAACUUUUUAAAACCCAAUUAUAUCCCUCCUUCAAAUAUAAAAUUACAAGAAGAAGUAAUUAUCUACCGAAGGAGCAAAAGAAGAAAUAUUUGUAUGCAUAUUUUCCAAGAAUUAUAAUUGGACUUUAGGGACAUCGAAAAUGAAUGAGAAAAAUGCAUGCUACUUAAGCAGUCAUUUGUUACAGGGCACAGAUUUUAUGCAGCCAGAAGGAACUUCGUCCUGAAGUAAUUGAAAUAUUACAUAAUUAUGCUGUACGAUGAUUAGUUUUACAACCCUACUUAGUUGAUCUUUUCAAAACGAAAACACAUUUUGGAAUUUCUGUUGUUAUUUCAUGAGUUACCCCACCUACUGUAGUGCCAGGUGGUCUGGUGAGGUCUGGUCUAAGGAAAUUCUGUUACCCCUUGUGAAGCGAAGGUAACGCGGGAGAGACAGCAUGUUGUCAAGAUGCCACAACUUAAUAAUGUGAAUGAGGAUGAAGAGGACGGAGAUAUGUACACUGAUCGGUUUACGGAACCAGCGCGUUCGUCGCGCUCUGGAGUUCGAUCUGCAGCCCUGUCAUGCAGUUUUGCAUCCAGGUGUAAUAGAAGGACGAAGACCAGGGAGACUGAGAUAGCCAUCAUAGGUUUUAGGUUGGAAUCCUUGUCUACCGAAACCUUCCCUAGAUUGCUGCCAGAUAGACGCCGUCUAGAAUGCCAGGAAUGUUCUCAUGGUGCGUGUUAUCACACCAGACAUUCAGCUCGUUGGCCGUUCGAUGAACGAAGAAAAGAUAUAAGCUCUUAAUGAGGCAGUUCGCCUAUCAAGACAGAAGAGAAACCUGUUUAAAACAGGAGGCACGACAAAGGAAUUGUAACCGAGCAUCACGAAGUUUCAGGACUACUGCAUUUAUAGAGGGCAUACAAAGUAGGUACCAAACUCACGAAUCGUUCUUGAAAGCUUUAAAGAUUUUUAUCAAACUAAAAUAGGACUGCAAUUCGACGCUUAAAGGUAUCAGACCUCGGCUAUGUGUCCUUGCAGCCAACUGCGCAGAUCCUGCUUCCACAACUUAACUACUUUCAACUGUUUUGCAUAAAAAAAUUUUGGAAUACGGAAUUUUAGAACGGAGUGUUUCCUUAACUAAAAGAUAUAAUUUUACUUGAAUAUACAUCAAAACUCAAUGAAAAAAGCUCAGUUUUUCACGUUUUUAAUGAUUCACCAAGACGUCGGAAUCGGAAGGGGAAUAUCAGUCAGAUUAUGAUUCUGGCUAGUGUUAAUCAAUUUUGCAGUCUUAAAGAAUGUUGACUAACUCAAUGGGCAUGCUCUGAUCUUCACUGCCUAUUUUAAUAUUGUGAAGCAGUGACAAUUUGGGAGGAAAGACAGCCUUGAUCUCGCCAUACUCCUAACACAACUGUGCAAACAUUCUGCACAAAUAUAAUCGGGGUUAUGUUUUAAGAGCUUCUUUCUGCAACGAGAAAAGAUACAAACAGUCACCUUUCUUAUGUAAACCAGGAGUAAGCAUGCAAACUCACCGAUAAAAGGCCUAUCCGGGGUGUUGAUGGUACAUAAGUAAUAUAAACUUAGUCCCGUCCCCGUGACUCUAUAAGAUUGAUUUGCGUUUAUAUUCAUUUACUUUUAAAUCUCUGCUUCUUGAUUUAUUUUACUCUGUAAAUAUUGAUUCAGCCCUUGCUUCGCCUAAAUGGUUUGAAAUUAUGUAGCCGCUAGUAGACAACGAUGGAAACGUUGAAAUGGAAAUAAGAAAUCGCUUUAACUGUGCGUCGAAAUCGCCCAGAGUGGUUCACAGAGUCGACAACUGAAGUGUGUGGUCAGUAUACCGUUUUCUUUCUAGUCUCUCAACGCAGACACUGCCCAGCUACGGGUGGCAUGCUGCUCUUAGGAAGGAACUUAAACACCCUGUUGUCCAUUGUUGGCUUUCUUAAGCUGAAUCGUCGUUUUCUUGCUAACGAGAGGGCAUCUGUAAACUGAAGUGCUUUGCUCUCAAAAAACAGGACUGAAAGCUAAUAACAGUAGCCGGCAGUCACCAGCACAACUGGUCUUCUCCUUGUUUUGAAAGUUUAAAACCCUGGUCACAACUGGUGCCAAAUCGUCAUGCUAUUGUUAUUACAACUUGAUGACUGUAGGGAUGUUGCAUCUGACAUCUUCAAACUACGCUGGCUACGAUGGGAUAUUUAAGCCCAUGUCUCCGUCAUUUUAGGUUAUUUACUUAGUUAUGGUAGGCAUGUUAUAUUUGCGUUACGUUUUUGUCUAGACUUAGGACAUCGACUAAAUUUUAGGACUGAUAUUGGUCUAAAGCUAAGUUUAGGGUCCGAUUUAAGUUUGCCCGCCUCAUACCAUUUUGCUCAAUCCGGCCUUCUUUGACCAAUUACCAUGGUUUCUCUGUUUUCCGCCAGCUUACACGCCCUAAACGGUCAAUUCCGGUGUUUUGUUGGAGUAAUAAAACAACCAUAUGGCGGAAACAUGGGUUUUCUCAAUGUCUUCCGCAGAUUCCGUUAAUUGCCGACUCCAUCUGCCCUGAUGAUAAAACUAAUAUUAACGUCCUUCCGCUGAAACAGGAAUCCAUGAUCUCUAAUUGCUCACUUGACUUACAUAUGUAGUCCUCGUAGUGUAGUUUUACAACAAAGCUAGAGAAAAUUUUAUUUGACCUAGCGUAUAAUCCCUCUAACCUCCGCUGACGAGUGUGUCCGAAGUGCUUAGUUCAUUGGACUGUUAAUUAUAAUGGCUUUCCCCAUUUUUCCUUUACUCCGAAUACCUUGACUUCUUUAACGUUCGCCCCAAUGCUUAUAUUAAGUACAUCUUGCAUGACUUCCCCGGAUUACUUUGUAGUAAAGUAUAGGGCACGUUUGCUGGCCCCGACAAUUUUUAUCGAUUUUUAAGUCAUUUAUUUCAUUUUGAAAUAGACAUCAAUGACUGAAGAUUUUCAAUUCCAGUUUUUUUCCCAAGUAUUCGAUCUUCCUUUGGGUUUUGUCCUUGUGGAAUCUUUCAUUCCUAGACCUAAAUGAGACAGUUUUCUUGUCAGAAAAUGUUUGAGACCGUUUUCCUGCGAAUGCCAGUCGAAGAAUGUCCGGUUCCUGCUAAAUUGCAUGUCUUUGUUUCAGAAUCCGAUUUUUAUUCAAUGUCCAGACAUCGUUCCUGUGACUGCGGCAUGGACAAUGUCCUCGUUUGUUUAAUCCCAGCCAUGCCUCUCUUCCUGUCCACACUUAUGCUCGAAAUGCUCACUGACGCAGGCGGGGUCGGGGAAACUAAGACAAACGUUGGUGAUCACACGCCGCCCCGGCGCCCUGAGAACAGUCACGCGCACUCCGCGUGUUUGACAUGCAAACAGUGAUCAUAACCUAACCCGAACUCCUCCCCUUCCCCCCUUCCCCGUCCAACCCCAGCUCCACCGUCCUCAACAGGCUAAUUCUGUCAGGCAGCAGGCGUGGGAACAAGGAGUUUGACUAACCCUGGAUCUUAAUCCUGUCAGAAACUCACGUAAUUGCAUUGCCAACUGACUUUUCAGAUCACUUUUGUCAGCCGUCAGAUUUCCGCCCAUGUCUUGCCGCAGUAAGAGAUGUGUAUUGAUUGCAAGUUCCUACUAAGAUAUUUACUCUCUACCGGACGGUUACGUCUAGCGUCCCGCUAGAAUCAAUAAGGAGUCUGAUGUUUGGCUCUCUGGGUAAUUUCACGCUGUCGUUGAUUUACAAAUUGCAGUAGUUAUGCUAUCCCUUAAAACGGUUAGCUGUAAUUCCCAAAGAUAUUUUUGGUUAGAAAUGAGUAUUUAAGUAGGGUUACGAAACUAACCACUGCGAAGCAUAAUAGCAAGAUAUUUCAGUCACGUCAGGAUUUGGGCUUGCAAAAGCUCCAUUAUGUAAUAACUGGCGGCAUACAUGGUACGACAUUUUUUUUAAACUCGAUUUUCGGUGCCCUUAUAAAUUCGGAUAUAUUUUAUAGAAAACAUGCGGAACAUUUAUGUUUGGUGCCCAUUUAAGGACUAAUGACAUUUUCUCUAAAUCAGGUCCCUGAAAGAGGCGUAUCUUCCAAUUUUUAAAGCCGCCUUAAUAACCAAACUACUUUUAACCUGACUUGAUAUUGUACUCAUAUUUAUAGUUUAUAAAUUGCAAGAUGUAGACUUAUCCUGUAAGGAAAAUCCCCCAUCCACAUAUUCCGUUAAAAAGAUGUCAUAUAUUGUUUGUAGGAUUUAAAAUGGCUGUAGACCAUGUUAUAUACUUCAUAAGCAACAUUAACAGACGUAUGGAUAUAGCGAUUUAUAGGUAAAUAUUUUACUGUGUUCAAAAUAUCAUUAUGGAAACUCUUUGAAGAAAAAAAAUGCUCCUUCCUUAAGCAUACUAUCUUCAGAAAUCAUGAAUUGUUAUUAACUGCGAAUAGGAAAAAUAUUUUUUCGCACACUCUCUAUAAAAUAGAGGAGAAUUGGUAGAGGUUUCGGAAAUCCAUAAAAAUUAUAUACCAUAAUAGCACUCAAUUACUACAGAGUCUGUUUUAUGAAGGCGGCCAGAAAAAAAUGUCCGCGCAAAGGCGGGCAUUCUGAUGCGAUUGAAAUAUCUUGUGAUUAUGCUGCCCAUUAGUUAAUACUGCAAGCUGUUUUAAUCAAAGGCACAUAUCAGCGCUUUGAUUAUAAUUUCAAGAGAUGCCAUAUCUACUGUAGUUUCUAUUGCCUUUAAUCCGCCUGAAGUCUCUUCCAGUCUUAAAUAAUUUCGGGCCUUUGAUGCCGGGCAAAACAAUUAGGUUGUAUAUGUUCCUUCUCGACGAUCAAGCAUGUUUGCGUUAAUCACUUAGAGAGGUCUACGCUUUCAUGCUUGUGAUUUCUCAGUCAACUUGCUGAUAAUGAUCAUAAUGCAGUUAUUCCAACACUUGAGUUCGGAGGCUAUAGCAUUAACCCUGAAAAAUUACAUAGAUUUUUUAAUUAAUUAUCAGCCUACUCGCAAGCAAUACCGACAGACAGAACGUUUUAAAUUCAGACGGGUUUGUUUCUUAUCUCGAAUCUGAAUCUUUGCAAUGCAAAUGGCUAGUAAAAUUUGGACCACCAUAUUAGUUGUUUUUUCCCGUAAGAAGGCAACUGAUUUCACUGAUGGCGUUUUGCAAUCCUCAUUUUUGCACUGCAAAUUAUUUAAACCCUUACAUCUUCUGAGGACCACUGACUUCCACAUUUUAAUCCUGAAGGGUUUGGGGUCAUAAGAAGCUGUAGGUCUCGGUGUGACAGUCAACUUUUUGACUUUCUUGCUCGAGGACUCAAGUAUAAUUAAGUUUACUUAGAUAUAAUUAGGGUUCAAACAGUUUCUAACUAUGAUAUUUUAAGGGCCGCGUAAUGUCCAUUCAUAUGUCAUCGUACCGGUCCGGUUACCACUGCUUCUCAUGAAAUGUACAACAUAGUCCACAUUUAUGGCAAAAUUUUAUGGACUUCAUAUGGUGCCCUUUUAAGACAUAGGAGAAUAUGUGAUCGUCAUUACCUGGGGCGCACGCACCUUGUUGGCUAAAAUCACUAAGCGUUAAUGCAACGACUGAUCAGGUUUCAAACUAUUCGGCCAUUAAAAAAACUUUUUAAAACCUAAUUACACUCCUUCUUCGGCUAUAAAAUAUAAAGACGACGUGCUUCUCCAUCAAACGACUGAAAAAAACAUAUUUUUAUUCGUGGUUUCUAGAAAAUAUAUUUGGAUUUGCAAGACGACCGAAAAUCAACAUGAAAAAGACAUGCUACUUUGGUAGUCAUUUUUUCCGAGUACGGUUUCUACAGGAGUUUGAAAAGCAGUGUAUUUAAAAGCUGACAACCUGUCGAGUCUAAAAUAUCAUAGGAAUAUUCCGCAAGAUAAUUAGUAUCACAAACGCGCGAAAAUAAUCCUUCUUAAUCGAAAACGCUUUUCAAAAUUUCGGUCAACAUUUCACGAGAUCGGUCACGCACUGUAACCCACUUGUCAAAAUCGGAAAGUUUCGACCUUAUCACGACGAUUUUUAGGGAGUCAGGUCGUUGAUUUGUUUUGCUCAACAACCAAGUAUCCUUGAGCUGUGCUUCUCUGAAGACUGUCCGCGUUCUCCUCUGUCACUCGAACCAAGAUAUUACUGUUUCAAAACAUGACAAUAAGUUUGCUAAAGUAGCUUCUAAAACCUAUUUUUAAAUAAUACCUGACUGACCCAUCGGCAAGACUUACUAGCAUACUUAAGGUCUCACGACUGUGCCGGUCUCUUUUUAGGUACUCAUCUGAUUAUUUUCGGAGAAAAUAUUUACCAUGUUCUGUCUUGAGUUGUUUGCUGUCUCCUCCUUCGUUGCACUGCUGACGACAUAUUUCGCCAAAACUGCGGAGAUUCUUCUAGAUUCCUUAUCUUACAAAGGUUGCUUCCGUUCUCCUCUGAAACCACUGCACGGUUAAGCAGGUAAGACUUUUUUUUGAGGAAAGCGGCUUGCCGUCCGUCAAGAUGAACUUGGAAAUCAAAUAGUCGCUGUCAAGAUGAUUGCUGAUAAUGCCGAUUGUGUCUUUUGUCCAAAAAAUAUUACUAAAUACCCAAACGAUCGGCUGUAAAAUAUGCAAGUACCGAACAAGACAAACUUACGACUUCCUUACUUUACUCUCUCCAGAGAAACGUUUUCUAGGAAUGUGCUUACCAGGAUUUCUCUUGACAUCAUAAAAGUCUGUCUUUUUUUGCAAGACAUUGAAUUCUGUUGCAUGGACAGAGACACAAUCGUUGGACCAAGAGCUUUAUUAGCCAGACGUUUUGGUUCCUCAAUCGAAUCAAUCAUCAGAGGCAGAGUCAGAUAAGUGGGACAAAAUUCCCAGGUGUUGCAGUAUUUAAAGAAUAUGGUUGCUAGGCCGCCACUUACCUAUCAAAGUUGACAGCUUAUGAGUGCCAUAAGGCUCCACUGGCCAGGUUUUGAAUUAUUUAAUUGUCAUGAAACUGUGCGUGAGUCAAUAUUAUCGGCUCCCACGCUCUUCGCACGCAGUCGAGUUGCUGACUGCCGAAUUUUUUUAUCCUUGUGGACUUUUGGGCAAUUUGGCUUACCGAAUUUGACACCAGUAACAGUAGUUAUACCCACGGUCUCCUCGUGGCUAGCUAGUUUCCUAAACAAAGAGUCAGCGUCUAAUAUAAGGCGAGGAGGUCGUUGCGCUUAUUAAAUUAUUGAGGUCCGGACGACACUGACUCGAGCAAUCAGCGGCUCACUCGGUUGUCGCCUAAAACAAGAACUUCUGCUUCGUAAAACUUACAUUUGUGGUGGGGUUCCGUCGAAUGUGUCGCGACUUGGGAGUUGGCGCCUUUCCUCCUCACUGCUGUCGCGUGUUCGUUCAAUCGGUUUCUCUGACAUAGUUGCUUUGCCUACAGUUGCAUCAGACACGGCAAACAACUCCAGAUGUUUGUUGCUGUUGAAAUGGGUCCUUCACCUUCAUGAUCUGGCGCUUUAUGAUUGCCUCCGGUCUUUGUGCAACUUCACUUCCAAGGUGCGCAAGGAGGCGGUCGACGGCUUUCGAAACGUUUUUCACGUACGCAAGAGCUCGCCAAAAUUUGGGGCCGGUUGGACUUUGUCUCUCAUCUCGUUUGCGCAGGCAUUGGCUGACAAAGUUGCGUGGGUAGGCAUUGGUUUUGAAUACUCCUCGAAGGUACUUUACUUCACCAACCUUGUCUUCCGGUUCACUAAAGUGUCUCCACCCGCUGGUGUAGCGCCCUUACGCAUCUGCGUUUGUGACUGCUUGGGUGAUUGCUGUUGUGGCUUAGUAUUUGCGUCGUAUUUGUCGCUUUCCUGAAUGCUUUGGUUUUUAGGCCACCACAAACUUUGCGGCAGACAAGGACAUCAGGAAAGGCCAGCUGGUUGUUUUCUUCCUUCUGCAUCGUAAGUUGAAUGUUCGGGAAGACGGCUUUGGGGUGUUCUUUAAAUUCCAGCACCUGACCUAGUCCGAUGAAGGCGCAGGUACUAUCCACAUACCGAGUCUAGAAUUUUGCUUUUGUGGUGUCGGGAAGCAAGUGACUCAACCCAGUGCAGGACCACCUCGGCUAUGAGACCCGAAAUCGGCGAACCCUUUGGCGUAUCCCUCAUUUGCUCGUAGAUUGUUUCGUCGAACGCAAAGUACGUCUUGAGACAGGACUGCAAAAGUUAAAGGAAUUUGGCGUGUCUAUGGCGAUUCUCCGUUCCAUUGUAUUUGCUUUGUAGAAGCAGCUCGGUUUUCUGAAGACCUUUCGAAGAUAUUGGGAUUCGGCAACCUUGUCUUCCCGUUCCCACGCCGAUAUAACCUUCUUACGCAACAGCGUUUGUGACUGAUUGGAUGGUUGCUGUUGAAAUUCAGUGUUCGCGUCGUGCACGUCGCUUUUCUGAACACUUUGGACUUUAGGCCACCACAAUCUUUGCGACAGACGAGGACGUCACGGAAUGUCAGCUGGUAAUUUUCUUCCCCUUCCAUCGUAAAUUGUAUGCCCGGGAAGACGCUUCUGAGACGUUCUUUAAACGUUAGCACCGCAUCCCAUUCGAUGACGACGACGGUAUCGUUCACAUACCGAGCCUACAAUUUAUGUCUGUAGUUUGGAAGACCAGCGACUCUAACCGUUGUAGGACCGCCUCAGCGAUGAAUACCGAAAUCGGCGAACACAUUGAUGUUCCUUUCAGCUGCUCGUAGAUUGUUCCAUCAAACGUAAAGUACGUGCUGAGGCAGAGUUUUAGGAGCUGAUGGACUUAGGCACGUCCGAGACGUUUAUCCUUUGUAAUUUAUUCGCUUCGUAAGAGCGGCUCAGUGGUCUCGACUGCCAGGCCCGGCGGAAUAGAAGUAAAAAGAGACGUGACGUCAAGGUAUACCAUGCCAUCCCUUAGCUGGAUGCUUACCCCUUCCAGUUUUUCCAGAAAUUAUGUUGACGAACUGACUUUAGUGUCAGAAUUAGAGGUCCGAAAUGUGAUAUGCCUAAAUAGCCACAUUGUCAGUCCGUACGUUGGAGAACCUUUGAGUGAGACGAUGUGCCGGAGGGGGACACUUUCUUUGUGCACUUUAGGAUGGCCAUAGAAGCGGGCCAAAGACGUGUUCUCGCCAUGCUUCGGUCGUGACUAAGUCCUGGAACUCGCCUCACUGCAUCUUUUAUUAAAGUCCGUUGUCAGAAGCGAAACCUAUCCGGGCUCAUGGAGGGAGUCACGUAAGAAACCUCUCUACACACAUGAUCUUUCUGCAUGGUUUGGUAAUUUUUGGCCCGACAGCUCCACCUGUGAGACGCGUUGCUUGAUUAUGUUUGCUGAGGCCCAAAACAUGUGGACAAAAAACUCCGUUUCGUACGCAGUUUAUUUCGGCUUCGAUGUAGGAUUUGAUUCGCGGUCUGUCCACUUCCUCAACCGAAGAUAUUUGCCUGUGUAAUCGAAGGAAACAACCGGAAUUUGAUACCCUCCUACCUGGGCACUUGCACGCAAGAUGUUGUAUUCCAGUGUUGUCUGCAUUUCUUCUUGAGUAGGGAUAGGGGCUUUUUAAAACCCUAUGCUUGGCCCGAUCCUAUUCCUUAAUCGACCUAAUUAAGAAUAAUAGGCUUUUUUCGCAAAUUCACAUUUGAUAGUCACGGACUAAAGAAGGACGUAGGCCGCGACAUCGUGUUCCAGACUUUAGGAACUUGGCAAUGGUUUUGAAACUCGGCACCUUUCCAUGUCCAGACAUAAAUGUUCCUCUUCCUUUUUCAUUAUAUCGUCUCGGAAUGCCUACCACUUCUACUCUACAACAUAUAUUUGGGCGUCAAACGCUUAUUCUUACGAGACGUUGGGAGAAAUUUGCACAGAGACAGGCGACGACGUUCGAACAAUUGACCUUCCUCCACCGUUGCCGCGAUCAUGGCGUGUUACCGAAGUCUCUUCGUUUUAAACCAACGUUGUCGAAUGAGACUGGGAGAUGCCUUGCGUACAAAUACGGAUGGCGCGUUCUGGGUGCUAUCAUAUCUGACGUCCACAAUCGACUUCGCAGAUUCGAAACCACUCUUGCUGACCUUAAAAUCAGUGUGCUUCAGCCUUACCUGAAAAUGUUCUCGAGGAGGUGCAACAGCGAAUCAAUGCCACAGCCAAGGAUGCGAGACUGAAGAAGAGAGCUGACCUCCAGAUGAAACUCCAGUCUCUGCUCCGCCCCAUGAAUGAAAGAAGUAUGGCCACGAGAGUUGUUAACCUCUCGAAAAGGAAUCUCCUACCGGCUGAAAUCAACCUCCUGUCUAAGAGAAUAGGAUUUAAUCCCACGGAUGCUACACCUACCAACUUUCUAGCUGGUCUCGAAUCCAUUCUUCUGACCUCUGUCCUGCCUGAAGACAAGCGCGCGGACAUACGCAGCUGUGCCACUGGUAUCCUCCGGCAAAAAAGACACCAGCAAACUCUACCGGCCGAAGAAGCGCAAGGAUUGCGAGCACUGAAAUCGGACCACAGCAUCGUUGUUGUUCCUGCCGACAAAGGUGGCGCUACCGUCAUCAUGGACAAAACUGACUACGUCAACAAGGCGAAUAUAAUCUUCAGUGACACGGAUUCUUACACCAUUCUCACCGAAGACCCAACGAAAAAGCAAGCCGCAGCCAUCAAGAAAAAGGUUAAUGAGCUUGCUCGUCUGAAAGUCAUAGGUCCAGAUGACUCAAAGUUUAUGACCCUCAGUGAUCCCCAUGUCGCACACGCAUACGGUCUCCCAAAUGUUCACAAAAUUGGUGCCCCACUGAGGAUUAUAGUACCGCUCAUCGGAUCCCCUACCUAA